AUGCGGGUUCUCCCAAUUACCACCAUCUUCACGAUUUUGGCCACCUUGUUCGUGACGGUCCGUCUGUGGACGAGGUUCAGGAUCGUGAAGAGCCCAGGAUAUGAUGACUUGCUCAUCUUUUUUGCAUUGAUAUGCUCCAUCGCCCUCUAUGCCUUUAUACUUCUCGAGCGUCAUUAUGGUCUCGGGAAACACAAGAAAUAUCUCUCUGACGAGGUCAUCCAGGGUCAAUUGCAUUACCUCUGGCUCUCCAUCCCAUUCUACAACCUCUCCCUCGUCCUCGCCAAACUAUCCAUCCUAGUCCUCUUCAUACGCAUCUUCCGAUCCAGAAAGUUCUUGAUAUACACCUACACCACGAUGGCCUUCCUCAUCAUUGCGGGACUGUGGAUGGUCUUCAGUGGAUUUCUCUUUUGCAUUCCCGUCUCCGACUUUUGGAAACUGGACCGGGUCUCGAGACAUUGUCUGCCCGAAGGACCGGUAUGGUAUGCCAAUGCGGCUAUGCAGAUCAUUACAGACGUGGUUAUUUUGGUAUUACCUAUGCCUUUGCUGUCGAAGUUGCAUUUGCCCCGGCGGCAGAAGGUGGGGACUAUGCUGGUUUUUGGUGUCGGUAUCUUUGUGAUUGCAACUAGUUCAGCACGACUCUAUGAGCUGACCGAAAUGAUUGAAAGCCGCGACUUUACCAAAAGAAACUCCGCAGCAGCAGUCUGGUCCUGCCUCGAAGCCAACGUCUCCAUAAUCUGCGCCUGCCUGGCCCCCCUCCACCCCCUUAUAUCCCGCAUCUUCUCCUUCUGCUUCCGCCCACAACGUCUCAACUCCUCCCCAGCAACAAAAACCCACUCCACAAUCGCCACCAAUUUCACCUCCUCCCGCAAACACUCCAUUUACGACCCUACCUCGCCCGACGGAGGAAUCUUCUACAACGACUUCUUCGUCUCCGGCCCCGGCCUGUACACGACUAGUAUAUCCAGGACGAACACUAACGAGGACGAGACGCAUCGCGAGGGCGAGGGUGAAGAUGGGAUUCGCGUUGUGAGGGAGCUGAGGAUGGUUUCUGAUACGGUCGAGCCGGGGGGUUUGGGGGGUGGAUUUGAUGGGUCUAGGCCGCUAGAUCGCGAUUUUGAGAUGGAGAUGGGUGUUAGGAGGGGGUCUGUUGCUACCAAGGGGUCUGGGGUGAAUGGGGUCGGGAAUACGAGUACUGAGUGGGAUUUGGGGGAUUGGGAGUUUCCGGAUUAUAAGGAACGGAUGAAUGCUCCUAUUUGA